UAGCGAUGGGUUAUUCGUUUUCCGGUGUAGCACAGUACUACAGACUUCCUACUCCAACAUAAAACAAAAUAAAUAUGUAGUGACUCUGUUCUGAGCCAAGAAAUUAAAAAUGAAUUCAGCUUCAGUUAGCUGCAUCAGUGGCCCUCAGGCUGGGCUCUCCUCCCAUUCAUUAGGCUUACUGGCUACAGAAUGAGUCAAGGGGACACAAACUCAGCAGCUGUCCCUCUUGCUGCAGAGGACUUACAGGGAGAUGACCGCUGGCUGUCACAGCACAACAGAUUUGUCCUGGACUGCAAGGACAAGGAACCAGAUGUUCUGUUUGUAGGUGACUCUUUAGUGCAGCUAAUGCAGCAAUAUGAGAUCUGGAGGGAACUUUUCUCGCCACUCCAUGCAUUGAAUUUCGGUAUUGGAGGUGACACAACCCGUCAUGUCUUGUGGAGACUUCAGAAUGGUGAACUAGAGAAUAUCAAGCCAAAGGUCAUUGUCUUAUGGAUUGGGACCAAUAAUCAUGAGAACUCAGCUGAAGAGGUGGCUGGAGGUGUGGAGGCCAUUAUAAAUGUCAUCAACAUACUGCAGCCACAAGCCAAGAUUAUUGUCAUGGCUUUGCUGCCACGUGGAGAAAAGCCAAACCCACUACGUGAGAAGAAUGCUCGUGUGAAUCAUAUCUUGCGCUCAUGGUUGCCUCGUUUACCAGGCGUGCAGCUGUUAGAUGUGGACAAUGGCUUUGUGCACUCAGAUGGCACCAUCUCCCGGCAUGACAUGUUUGAUUUCCUUCAUCUAACUGCAGCUGGUUAUGCAAAGGUCUGCAGACCACUCCAUGAACUAAUCAUGCAACUUCUUGAGGAAACUCCAGAGGAAAAGCAGGUCACCCUAGCCUGACCCCCUGUUUUGCCUCCUUUUCCUGUUGUUGGUUUUACAUCAUUGGCUGCCCCCCAUGCUCAAUACAACUGCAUCAGCUGUAUAUUGACAUACUCCAUAUGUAUACACAAGACUUGCAUUCACCUGUUACAUAUCUUCUUGUAAAUUCCCUUUACUGUCUAUCUUUGCUAAUGGCAGUACAAAGGAUGCCUCCUCUGCAGAUCCUGAUGUGUAAUGUGGAGUUCAGGUUUCACAGAAGAGGCAACAGCAUGAUAAUUUAUUGACAAUAAAGGGCAUUGUAUAAAACCAACAAAGUUUGGCUUAUCAUGCCCGAGUAAACAGUCAUAAAACCAGUAGAAGGGCAUGUAAAGUAAUUAUAUUUGCAUGAUUCUCUAAAAUUGUUUACAUUAUGAGGUAUCACUAAAACAUCUGCUAGUCUUGCAUUUUAACAGCGAGACUGUCAAAUGCAUCUCUAACCAUUUAACAGGGUGUUUUUUUGUUUUGUUUUUGCAAGCACUGAGUAGAUAAUGGUUGUAUAUUUGACUUCUGUGCUUCUCAAAACACACUGGCAUGAAAAAGGUUAAAUAUAUAAACAUUCUGCCAGAUUAAUUCUGCCACAUGGCAACCCCUUGUAAUUUGUUUAUUUUAUUAUAUUUUGUUCUGGUGUCUGUCUUAACCUUGAGCAGGGCCAACUCAGGCUGGAAUUUUGUUUAUGUAUAUAUUUUGCUUGUAUGAUUCCUGUGAUUGAGAAUGUCUGGCCUGACCAAGGGACCAACGAUUCCAAGCAGACUUAUCAUAAAAACUAUGAUUAAAAAUGGUGGAAUAAUCUCAUAGAUUAGUUUGUUACAAACUAGGUUGAAAAUGCAGUGCAUCAUUCUUAGCUAAAGAGAGAGAGGUGAAGCAUAAUGCAAGAUUAAAUAAAUAUUAUUUUAAAGGCAUCCUCUUUGUUUUUUGCAGCUCUUAAAUGUUAAAUGGAGGCAUUGUUGUCAAACUUUUUCAGCUCAAGCCCCCCAUUGGAGCUCCAUCUCUUAGGUCAGGGCCCCACUUAGCUAAUGACAGAAAUAGGAAAGCAUGGGCAUAUGAGUAAUUCAUUUAUAGUUCAAGAAUAUCAGUAUAAUACAGUAUAAGUUUUUACCCCAAAUCUUUCUAAGUGACCUUCAAGUUGGGCUCUUGUGUAUCUAGGAGAAUAUCAGCAUUCUCCUUAAGUCUUACCUUUACUGGCAUCCAGGCUGAGCUUUCCAGGGGGACCCGCCCAACAUUUGGGGAACACUUGUGUAGAUAGUUUACUUGAAAGGGAGCUGCCUAUUUUUAAAAAUGGCAUGCACUAUUUAAACGUGACUUCAGCUUGUAUGUAAGCUUGCUUAUUUUCACACAUGAUGAUGCCAAGGCUUCAUUAAUUGGAUUGCGACUGAUUAUUCCAAAUUUAGCUGAUUACAAAUGAAUGAGAUUGUUAGUCAGUUUGGUUGGUUAUUUGCCUGAAUUGUUUCACUGCUUAUGUGUCCCUUAGCUACUGCUAGGGGACUAAACAUCCUGCAGUCCAAUAGAUGAAUGGUGCUCUGAACUGAAAAUGCAUUUAGCUGAUGAUUCUAUCUUAUUUUGUGCAGAGUUCAGUUGGUUGACAACAAAAUGAUUGGUUGCUCCUCCCUUCUGCUUCCUGACUACUUAGUCGUUACUUCAGCAUUGCUCAGUUUAAUUGUUUGGAAUGGCAACUAGGCUGUUCACCAGCUUUAGGAAGCGGCAUUAAUCUCAGCUGCCCUUUCUGUUGGUUAACCAUUUUGUGUACAUAAGGCAUCAUUGAGAGUUAUAAGCAGUUUAUUCUGGCCAGCUGUUCUAUGUGGAGAUCCCCAUUGUUAUCAAGUUUCCAAUACAUUAAUUGCAAAAUGUCAGUGGUUAUAAAGUUGUCAGUGUAAUUGCUAUUAAAGGAAAACUAUACCCCCGGAAUGAAUACUUAACCAACAGAUAGUUUAUAUCAUGUUAAGUGACCUAUUAAAGAAUCUUACCAAACUGGAAUAUAUAUCAGUAAAUAUUGCCCUUUUACAUCUGUUCCCUUGAGCCACCAUUUUGUGGUCAUCUGUGUGCCUUGGCUUGUUUGCAUGUACCAUGAAUCGUAUGAUCCCAGGAGGUGGCCCUUAAUUCUUAAGAUGGCAAGUUUCUAUUUAGGAUUACCUAAUGGCACAUACUACUAAAAAAGUAUAUUUUUAUGAAAAUGUUUUUUUAGAUAAAGCAGGGUUUUACAUAUGUGUUGCUUUAGGUAAUAUUUUUUUGUAGAUACCUACAUUGUUUGGGGGUAUUGUUUUCCUUUAAAAGCUUUGUAUGUCCAACUCUUUACAAUUUCUGUAUUCCUGGCCUGAAUUUGUAUUUUGAACUAUACCUGGAGGUGAACUGACUCUUAAAUUGUUUCAGUAGUCUGACCUAGUGCAUGUAAAGGGGAAAACAAAUACAGUUUUCAGUUGCAAUUUCACUUUACAAAUAACUUUAAAUCUAUUUGUGAUUUGCAAUUAAUAUAUAUUGGAAACGUAUUUAGAAUUACAUUUUAUUGUAAUUACAUUUUGGUUAGAGGGACCGUUAAAUCAAACUAGCAUCUGUGUUCCCUUGCAACCUUACUUUGUCUUUUAUAUAUAUAACCAACACAUAAGGCAGCAUAUGCAUCAGUACAUUUUCUUAAGAUGCUUAGGCAUGUUGCCCUGCAACACCAAAUACACUGCCUUGCCAUAAAUGUGCCAUGACAGCACAGUUCUCUUAUUAACAUCAUGCUGUUGUGUUCUUACGAAGAGUCAAUAUGUGUGUAGGAUGUCUAUAAUGUUGCUGAGAAAUACAGAUAUAUAUAUAUAUAUAAUAUAUGGUCAUAUGUGUUACAGCCAGAAACUACUGCUAAGCCAUCUUUUUUCAAAAGGGACAAGGUUUAAUUUACAAUCAGAAUUUGGGGAGGAUGGAUUUCCUGUACUGAUAGAUUUUCCUGUAUCUAUCUGUGUUUUAGCUCUGUAUAACUUACAAUUAUCUUUUAUCACUGAGCUUGCAUUUCUGUGUAUCGCCUAAGAAAUGAUCCACCCUUUAUUAAUGUGACAGAUGUGUAUGGAGCGGCAUUAUAAAAUUCUUAUUUGAAUGUU